AUGAAUUUGGCACCAUUGAAUUCCCGCAACUUUCAACCGUUAAGGGUCCUUCCAAAUUUCUUCCAAAAGUAUCAAUUUUUAUUCCAAAUCUAUUCCUCUCUAUCGAGAUCCUCUAUCAAGAUCCAUAUUAUAUACCUUCAUGCUAUAUCUACUCUACUCUACUCUACUCUAUAUACGAUAAAUGAACCUUCUUUUUGGAAGUUCGUCAAUCGUCAACAUCCACAACUUCAGUACUUCUCUCAUUUCAUCAACUACCAUUUCCCCACUUUUUCUCUCCCAUUCAUAAUCUCCCGAGAUAUCGCUUCAACUUCCCCCAUCUAUAUACGAAUUACAACAAAAUAG